AUGAACUCUGGAAGUCUUGCUCAGAUGUCUAACAACUCUUUUGGGGCCCCUGCCCUCGGCAUGCCCAUGUCUGGCCUGGCUUCGCGCCGUGGCGGCCAGAGCAUCAAGCCGCUCUCCAUUGACGCAGUCAAGCCCGGCACCGACAAGGACAACGGCCUGGUGACCCCGCGCACCAGCCGCUCGCACCUGCUGGCCGGUCUCCGGACCGCGCCCAAGUCGGCCACGGCUGCCACGUUCCCCCAGUCCCCGACCACUGCCGCGCCCGUCAAUAACAACAGCCAGCAAGCUCGCAACGGUAUGGCCAGUGGUCUGUAUGGUGGUGCUUCGGACCAUCAUGCCUACAGCAACGGCCCCAAGACGUCGCUGCCGCGCUUUGCCCAGUCGCAAACCUACAACAACCAGCACUACACCGCCGAAGAGAUUUUGGCCCCGCCCGAGAUCCAGAUCGACGAGCAUGAUGUCUCCACCGCUGACGCCGACUACGCUGAGCUGGUCGCCACCAACAUGUACCUGGCAGCCCAGAAGCAGCGCCUACAGCAGCAGCUGAUGUCGGUCCAGGCCGCUCAGCAGCAGUUCCAGAACCUGAACCUGGCUGGCGGCAACGGCGGCAAUGCCACCGCCCAACAGCAGGCGGCCGCUCUGCAGCAGGCUGCGUACCAGCAGAUGCUGUACCAGCAGCAGCAGCAGCAGCAGCAACCGCAGCAGCAGGUGUACGCCGUUGUGGACCCCGUCACGGGCCAGCAGACGCUGUACGUGGGCCAAGGCAACGCACAGCUCAACAACCACUACAUGGAGCAGUACAAUGCCAACUUGCAGCAGCUGCAGCAUCUCCAGCUUCUCCAGCAGCAGCUUCAGCAGCAGCAGCUCCAGAGCCAGCAGCAACAGCACCUCCAGAACCAGAACCAGAACCACCAGACGCAGUACCAGCAGCACCUCUAUCAGCCGUACCACAACCAGCAACAGCACCGCCAAGCCUCGCCCAUCUCGGCGCCGCGUGUCCAAGUGUCCCCGCCGCCCGGCGAGGAUGGUAGCCACUCGCACUCGAUGUACGGUGGCGGCCACCGUAACCUGUCGCCGCCCCGCCGCUUUGAGUCUUCGUCUGCCUCUGACCAGCACGCGCCGCUGCCGCCCCCGAGUGCCAACGCCUUCCGCCGCGGCCACAAGAAGUCGGCGUCGCUGGUUGCCUCCACCACGCUUGACGUUAACAACGCGUCCUCGUCCGCCAUCGAGCCGAAGUCUGCCGGUCCCAAGGCGACCAGCUUCCCGCCCAACGUGAUGCAGGCGCCGUCGCAGUCUCAGGCCAGCGGUACGUACGGCCCCGGUCAGGGUCGUGCUGGUGAGCACCCCGUGCGCCAACCCCGUGGUCCGCCCAACUUGGAAGAGCUCGUCCGCAAGCCCACGUCCAAGCACGAAGACAGCAAGAACUUUGCGACGCGCACGCGCCGGUCGGCCGUGCACAACCUGGUGCGCGCCGGUUUCACGCGCCGCCAAGGCACGGGUGGCAGUGGCAGUGGCAGUGGAAGCCCGGGCAGCAUCAGCCCCAUUUCGGAGACGACGGAGCACAACGACGAACACGAAGACCUGGCCACGCCUCUGACAGACGACGAGUCCGUGUCUGGCCGCAGCGGUUCGGGCAGCCUCAACGGCGACGACGUGGAGUGCUCGCUGCCGAGCUCGCGCACGUCGACGGGCAGCUGGGGCGCCAUUGGCUCGGAGCGCCCGGGCUCGCGCGAGAAGGAGAAGGGCCGCAAGAGCACCGAGUCGCUCAAGGACGCGGCCGCGACUGCCUCUUCGACGGAGUCGGGCCCCGGCAGCUUUGCGUCGAUGUUCAAGACGGUGGCCAAGCCGGCGUCGACGGAUGAGCAUCGGCGAGCGCCGAUGCUUGUUCUCUCCAACGCGGCCGAGAAGCGGCGGUUUGCUGUGUAA